AUGCCGCGAGCAUCAGUCUCCUCCCGCCUCGCCACCCUCUCAAACGACCUCAACAGUCUCCUCCGCGACGCCGCAACCUUCAAAAAUGACUUGCAGAACGAGAUUGUGGCGUUCUCCGGCCCCUCGCACCUCCACCGCGCCCUCGACGAGACCCACACCGAGCUCCUCGCUCUCCUCAACGACCUGCACCAGACGAUCAAGGCCAUGCAAGAGGCUCGCACAAGCUUUUGGCGCUUUUUUAAAGCCAGAAAGGGAGAGACAAGAUACCGAGGCCUGGUCGUAGAGUUGGCGAGAAUCAGAGAGAUGGCCGUAAUUAUCUGGCAGGAUGCAACGGCGGCGGCGGAGAGCGGGGCUGAAAGAGGAGUGGGACGGUCGUAA